UUGGUUUGGAAAGAGUUGAGUUUGGGUGUGACCUUUCUGCAUUAUUCUCAUUCGAUUCAGUGUGUGACAAAAUGGAUUCAGUGCGAAAAAAUACACCAGUUUCAUAGUUCACUUUGCGGACUUCUUCUUCAAUUGGCAAAUUAAGAGAAAAAAACACUAAGAACGAAUAAAUUAGAACGAUAGAAAUUGUGUUUGCGCUGGAAAAGUGACUAAAAGUUGAAAGCAAAGGUUCGGCGUGUGGUCGCAUUAGUUUGAUCAGUUCAAAACAAAGACAUCCAUUGUUUGAGUGAAAAAAAAAACAUUCGAUUCCAAAGUGACACACUGUGAAUUCAAUUGCCAUUACGAUGUCUGUUCCAUCGGCCCGUCAUCCGAUGCCAAAAUUCCGGUGUAAUUCGUGCUUGCAUGUCCAGAAAAUGUUCGAACCGGUGACUGCUGGAUCGAGUAGCAAUCGAGUGACCGCUGCCAAGCAGUAUUUCACCAGCUGUUACCAUAUACUGUGCAAUAGUUGUCGAUUUAGGAAUGGUCAAAAUUGUGCGCUGUGCAAUCGAAGUUGCCAAUUCAUUGGAUGCACCACCAACAUGCCAAAACAUUACCAGCUCUUCUUCAAGCCGAUUUCAAGCGCAAAAAAGCAGUUGUUGGAUAUUAUGAAGUUUCAGCGGAUGCAAAAUUUUAUUGCGAAACGACGAUUAACAGCCAAAAAGUUGCACGUUCAGAAGAAGCGGAUGGUUUUGAUACAAAAAGUCAAAGAAGCCGGCGAACGACGUCAACAGGCCGCAGAAAAGUUGCACAAAUACAAAAUUGUGCACCACAAAAUUUGUCAGGAAAAACGACGCAGAGAUGAAGAAAAGCAGCGAAAACAACAACUACAACAACCGGAAAAAAAUCAACCACGGCAACAGCAGCACCAGCAUCAGCUAAAUCAACACCAAAUCCAACAGCAACAGCAGCACCAUCACCAUCAAAACAUGCGUCGACCGAAUGAGUUUCACCGUGACCGACAACCUGCUCACACUUCUCGACCCCAUCACCAGCACGGCCAUAGCAACAAUCACCAACAACGAAAUGCAUUGAAUACCGAUUUGUCCGUAACAUCGACAAAUAGCGGUACGGUUCAGACUGACACCAGUCUUGGAUUUAGAUCUUAAGAAAAACUUCAAUUGACACAAUUUUUUUCUUCACUUUUUCGACUAGUGAUUAGUGUCAUUAUUCUAAUUCCAUCUGACUUUUUUUUUGAAUUCAAUUUGUAAGAAACGCAAAUUUUUCACUGAAUUAAAAUGCAAGUUCAUAUUUAGGUUAAGCCCAAUUAAAUUUAGCCAACCAAAGAAUGAUUCACUUUCAAUGAAACGCAAUUUUUUUUCUUCUUCUUAAAACAUGUUGCAUUUAAUUAAGUGACAAACCAUUGAAAAAAAGUUUAUUUUUGUGAGAAAUUUAAACGAUUCUGUGUAAUUGAAAUCGUUUUUAGAGAAUAGAGGUUGCUAAAAUUGUGAAUAAAUGAUUUUGGUUAGUUUCUUUGAUAUUUUGUCUCACUUCGUUUUGAGUAAAAGCAAACUUUAUGUCAAUCACUCUUUGAUACUCUAACAUGCAAUAAAUAUUUGGAUUUAGUCUACAUAUAA